CCUUCAGCCAUAAUAUAUAGGUAGGUACCUACCUACCCGAUCGCAAACAUUGGAACAACCUACAGCUUCACUAAUGCUGGAUCGAGAUACGAUGCGGACAACGACAACAUGGCAUCAAACAAUACUAAUAACAGCAACAACCAAUCCUUGACCCACGAACUUCUCUCGCGGGCUCAUAGUCCCGACAGUGUAACCCGCAUCUACUCCGAUAAGAUCCAACACAGGCCUCUUUUCCUUAAGCCCACCUCCCCACCUCCGUCCAACGCCCGCGACGCUCGACGCAGGACCCGAGUCGAGAAGCAAAAACGCUUGAAAGCCUUAAAGUCGAAACCUCUAUCAGCACGACAGCGACGGAAGCUUGGUCUCUACGACGUUCCCAAAUCAGGUCAGAAAUAUGCCGUAUUCGAGCCGCUGAACCAGCUAUGGCUAGGCUACAUCCGCGAGGUGCUUGGUAGCGAGCUAUACACUGGGGGGCAGGGCGCUGCAGCCAAACUAAGUGCUGCCGACUUCCAUGGUGCCAAGGUGGAAGUGUCGCGUAGUAAUUGUCCUAGUCGCGUUGGCAUACAAGGGAUUGUGAUCAAAGAUGCGCGCUUCGUCUUUGAAAUUAUUACUGCGAAGGACCAGAUAAAAACUGUACCAAAGGAGGGAACUAUGUUUCGCGUCAGCGUCCCUCCAUUGCAGCAAGAGCAUACUAUAGCCUCGGCCUCGGACCGGAAACCCUUUACCUUCGAGAUCCACGGGGAUCAGUUUCAGUACCGGUCGGCUGAUCGCGCGAACAAGAAGUUCAAGCCGCAUUUCCUGGAAAAGCUUUGAGAACCAAUAUUGAUUGGAUUUCGAACAGUUAUAUCAUACACCCACAUGAAUUAAGCCUUCAAGUGCACAAAACCGUGCGAUAAGGUCAUCACCCUAAGUUAUUUUGUGCGCCUACGCUACUACCAUUGUAAAGAUUCAAUGAUAUCCCAAGCUCGAGGGAUCUUCGAAAUAGGCAUGAGGUAUGCCCGAGCGAAGGCGCA